ACUCACUUUGCGCGCUGCGGUUGUAAUAUUGCCAUUAAAGGGGAGUGAGUUCGCAGUGACGGGAAGGUCUAUCAUUGUAAAUUUAUGAUAAGAUUACUGUACUUUAUAGCGCAGGGGGAGAAGCUGGCACUCUCCUCCUGCUGAAUGCGCUAGACAGCAGUGGGACUCCAGUUGGCUGUGUGCGCUCAGACGCACAGACGCAAGCAUCCCACUGGCUGGAGUUGUUGGAGGACACUCGCCCGUUUCGCCUCCACCGCUGCUCUGAUCUCCGUGUCUUCGUCUCCUGGCGGUGAGAGGACCACCCGCAACGGGGGGGAAAUACAGAAAGAAGCUCCUAUUUUUUUAUUUAGACACCCCGGAGAGUGAGAGAAACUGUGCAAGAAUCGGGACUGGACACUUUUUUCUUCUUCUUCUUGCGUGUUGGAAGGGAAAUUAUUCCUCGCAUGAGCUGGAUCUGUUGUGUACAAGCGGAGCGCACACUGCUGCACCUUUUCAAUGGAUUUCAAUACAGUGGAAGUACUCUGGGAAUUAAACUACUGUUAAGUCGCUUUUAGUUCGCCAAUUCCGUUCCAACAAGGGUUUUUUUUUUUUUGGUAUUGCACACGCAGAGGAGAACGAUGAUCCUCGCAGUGUUGUAUGUUCUUCUGCCUCUUUUUGAUGUGUUGUGUUACGCAGAGGAGAACCUGCGCGCCGGAGCCACCCGGCUGGACUGUGUGAGGGCCAGCGAGCAGUGUCUGAAGGAGCAGGCGUGCAGCACCAAGUACCGCACCAUGAGGCAGUGCGUGGCCGGCGGCAAGGAGAGCAACUUCAGCAUGGUGGCCGGCCUGGAGGCGAAGGACGAGUGCCGGAGCGCCAUGGACGCGCUCAAGCAGAGUCCGCUGUACAACUGCCGGUGUAAAAGGGGCAUGAAGAAGGAGAAGAACUGCCUCCGCAUUUACUGGGGGAUCUAUCAGACAUUACAAGGUAAUGAUUUCCUGGAGGAUUCUCCAUAUGAACCAGUCAACAGCCGUCUAUCUGACAUUUUCCGCCUGGCUCCCAUCAUAGGUGAGCCUGCAGUCGCCAGAGAGAACAACUGCCUCAACGCCGCCAAGGCCUGCAACCUGAACGACACGUGUAAGAAGUACCGCUCGGCCUACAUCAGCCCCUGCACCAGCCGAGUCUCCACCGCUGAAGUCUGCAACAAGAGGAAAUGCCACAAGGCCCUGCGGCAGUUCUUUGACAAGGUUCCUCCAAAGCACAGCUACGGCAUGUUAUUCUGCUCGUGUCCGCUCAGUGACCAGACGGCGUGCUCCGAACGCCGGCGUCAGACCAUCGUUCCCGUCUGCUCGUAUGAAGAAAAGCAAAAACCCAACUGUCUGGAACUGCAGGCCUCCUGCAAGACCAACUACAUCUGCAGGUCACGACUCGCUGACUUCUUUGUCAACUGCCAGCCGGAGCCUCGUUCGCUGUCAGGCUGUCUGAAGGAAAACUACGCCGACUGUCUGCUCUCCUACUCGGGUCUGAUCGGUACGGUGAUGACGCCCAACUACCUGCGUUCCCCCAAAAUCAGCGUUUCUCCUUAUUGCGACUGCAGCAACAGCGGCAACAACAAGGACGAGUGUGACAAGUUCACCGAGUUUUUCACAGAGAACACCUGCCUCCGUAAUGCCAUCCAGGCCUUCGGGAACGGGACGGACGUGGGGGUUUGGCAGCCGUUGUCGCCCGUCCAGACCACCACCUCCACCACCACGCCCUACCAAAGAAACCGCGAACGCAACUCCAACACUAUCGACAACCACAUCAACACAGAUCCUGGCAUCUACCACUUCUGUGGCAGCCUACAGGCUCAGAAGUUGAAGUCAAACUCGAGCGUUGAUGGUGUCCUUUGCGUGGACCCUCAGAUAGACGGUCCAAGUACGUCCAAUGCCAUCCUGAGAAACUGGGCUGCCUCCAGACGGCCUGCAGGCCUGGCCUCGCUGCUGCCCCCGCUGCUCUGGCUGUGGUACUGCAGCCUGCCAGGGGACUUGUAGCCGCCUCGCAGCAACAAACUACAAACGGACUGACAAACACACAUUUGUACAAAAGAAAAAGCAAAACAAGAAAUUAUAUCCUUUCUUUUCAGUAAUACCUGUUGUACUUUUAUUUUCUCCCUGGAUUCAUUCUCUCUUUUGAUUCCUACUUCGAUUUUUUUAUGGAUUUUCUGAGAAGCUUUGUUGUUUUAUUGUCUUUUUUGUUUUUUUAGCAUUGCAGCUGUGUGCUAAAACGGUGAUCUACUAUACAUGUUAACUCAGUUUUUGGCUGUGUGUUCACGUUGGGCUAGUUGAAAAAAAAUACAAAUAAAGGGAUUUGCAGCGUCUAUUUAUUCUGCUCACUUGGGCAGAAAUGAGAAAAUACUCUAGGACUACAUUCCAGUAAACCACAGCUGGUGGCUCUUGGAACCGCAAUGUAAAUUAGCAUCAGUUUUCAGAGUUGUCAAAUCAGUUUCCACCCACGUCUGUUUGUGUGUUGAGGCUAUAGGUGGGAUCUUUCGCUUAAAAGUCACAGUCUGUUCAGUAACUGCUACAUCCUAUCACUUGGGCAGCCUUUUAGGUGUUAUUCAGUCUCCUCUGUGGUGUGUGUGGCUUGAUAAUGACGUGAUCUGGUAUUUUACAUUCAUAUGAGCUGAAUGAAAGGUCCACCCUACCUUUUUUUUUCCCUUUCUUUCAGGACGAACACCAAAAACAUCUGAGUAGUCAGAACAUCUGCGCCCAAACUGUCUUUCCUGUAGCUCGUACUGAACACACAUUGCCGCUGGCAAAAGCACACAAGCAAAGUCCCACAAACACAUACUGCACAUUUAUACACAUUCAGACAAAAAAACACAGUGAAACACACACAGCAGCAGGGUUUCUGCUCGCUUUUCCUCCCACCUCGGUUCAGCUAACGGAGUGCUGCUCACAGAUCACAGGACAGUUCGCUGCUGCAGAUGGCUGAAUCCACUCCGCUCAUUAGUGAUUGUACAUACGUGUAAUUGUCCCAGCCAUGUUUUAGUGUUUAUUUUUUUGGAUGAGGUAACAGAGAAGCUGCUGAAGUUUCACCUGAAUGAUCUUGUUUUUCUUUUUUUGUUUGGUUUAUGUACUUCGCUGCAUUGAGCCCACAAAAACAAGAGCUGAGGAAAAUCACGGGCUUAUUGUUGUCAAGUGCAUUCGGCUUUGACUCAGCCUCCAUUGAUCCAAAGCAUCCUCUUCUGUCGGUUCUGUGUCACGACUUAUUCCCUCAAUUGUGAAACUCUUGAAGCUUUGGUGGGGAGGAAGAAGGAAAAUUUGAACCAACCGCUUGCUAAACCGCCUCGCUGCAGAUGUUGAGUUUUGUAUUCUAGCACAGCAUGCACAGUUUACCUUGAAGAAUAAUAGAAUUUAAAGCAAUUUUAGCUGGUGGUGGUCAGUUUUGUCAGCUAUAAUAUUAGCUGUCCCUUGUACAUUUUAGCUAACUAGCUAAACAAAAGGAAUACACUAAUAAACAAACUUUAAAUAAUGCAAAAACUUUGUAACACCUCACAAUAAAAGCUCUGCUGAAGCCUGUUCUGUGGUUGGUAGGAAAGCAGUCAGCAUCCAUGUACAAGCCAAGGACAGAAAGGAUGUUAUUUUGUUGUGAUGCCACUAUGUGCAAGGCAAAUGUGAGGAGGAAGAGGAAGGAUUUUGAAGGUUAAGGACUACAACCUUGAUAAUACUUCCCUGCAGAUCCGUAUAUGAACAGCUGGAGAUACUGCAAUCUAUAUUAUACUAAUUUUGAGUUUCAGUUGGUUUGAGUUUCUGUCCACUGCUUCAUUUGCUCCAUUCAUGCUCUGUAGAUCUACAUAAUCUGUGCAUGCAAACUGCUGUGCUUUUGUAUUGUAAUAGUGCUGACACAAAUUUCAGACUCUUGUAUACUUGAGUAGAAGACAAAAUGUAUUUCACAUGGUCCCAUAUGAAUCCUUGCUUACUCCCUGACAUGGAACAAAUAACACUAAAUAAUCAGUUUUGUCAACAUAUUUUGGGUUUAAAACCUCAAACUAAUCAAGAGCAUGACAGAUCUGCUAAAACUUUGCUAACCAUAAGGACCUUCUGAUGUAGAUUUUGUCAGUUCUUGAAGUUCAUGAAAGUCCGUACGCAGUCCAAAAUUUGUGUCCAACCAGACAUCCUGCACAGCAACAAGCUACGCUACAACGACAUUAGUGUAUAUAGUCUGCAACAGUGUGUAUAUGUGGAUGUCUGGAGUAUAGAAGCUCUUAGCUGACUCUAAACAAAGAAGAAAGUAGUUAGGGUAAGGCCAGAGUUUUUACUUUUGAGUACAUGAGGUUCCGUGAGACUUUCUAAAUUUUGUGCACCCCAAAAUUUGCGUCUGAGUGGACGAUCCACACAGAAACUACACCAUAAGGACAAGUGUAAAUGCUCAGCAGUAGCCUGGAUGCAUGGCCUACCAAAUCCAAGCAGACUAGAAAGUAGUGUAAGUCUAGUGUUUUUCUUUCACUGUCCACAAAGAUCCACAAAAGACCUCCAGGGUCCAUGUGACACAAAUUUCGUUAGUUCUUCUAGACUGCUUUGGUCCGUGCAGAUGCCACCACAGGAUAUUUGCCUAAAACUGGAUAAGCUACUACAUCACUAGGGCAACAAUGUGCAUGUUUUGCAGUAGCACAUAGGCAGAAUAUUUGGAUACAACCUAGUUUGCAUUUAUAGGUCAGAUUGGAUUGCUUGCAAUGGACUCAAAAGUACACCAACAUACAGUGUCCAAAUGAGAAGUUGCUUUUAAAGAAGUAGAUGAUGGCAUUCAGGCACUGCUGGAAUUUGAACCCAGGAUCAUUGGUUUACAAGACAGCCAAUUUUACUGUCUAAGCCACAGCGCCUUGCAGUGGCCUAUGUCUACACAACAUCUACAACGUAGUAUAAUCAAGGCUUCAAGCUCUGAUGUGACCUUGUGACUCCCAAAUUAAGGCCAUUUUGCUAAUUAAGUGCUGGAUUACAGCUGUAUUCAAUAAGGAAGGUAUGCUAACUUUACCAUAUAUUGGAUUGCUCGCAGUGGACUCAGAAGUACACAAACAUAUGGUGGCCAUAUCACAAUCAUUCUAUUGAUCUGAAAUUGCUUUAGACAAGUGGAUGGUAACGCAAAGGGACUGCUGGGCCUUGGACCCAAGAUCUCCUGUUUACGAGACAGGCACUUUGACCAGCUAGGCCACAGCGCCUCAUCGCUGUAUGUGUCUAUACGACGUCUACAACGGAGCAUAAUCAAGGCUUCUGGUUGUGAUAGCAUGUACAGAUGUGAACUUGCAACCCUAAAACGAAGGCGAUUUUGCUAACUGCUAGAUUACAACUGUAUACAGUAAGGAAGGCAUGCUAACCUUAGCAUCUUGUAAUCUUCAAAUUAUAAGACAAAACUAGCGCCACCCUUCCAACUUUUUGGAUUCAUGUUGACACAGCCUCGCCUCUCCAACAUGCUGAACGCACUCCAAAGCUUGACAGACCCGCUGUGCUUAAAGCUCAAAUUAGCUGCUCGGGGCGUAAGUUUAGCAAACGGUCAGCUUUCAUCUUUCUUUUUAUUUCAUUUCAUUUAUGUGUAAACCAUUAAAGCAUUUUGUAUGUCUGCUCUCGAGGACUGCUGGGAAAAUAAAUAAAAAAUAAACAGAACCACGGCAUCGCAAUCACACUCUCAGAAGUAGGAGAGCAUCUGUUUCCAUCAGCUUUUCACACAGAGGCAUAUGGUUUCACACGAAUCCUCCCCCAUGGCCAACCCAAGCUUUUAAUUUUGACAGACUUUUCCCUGCAGCUCGAUCAGGACGUUUACAUACAUCACCGUGGCAUGUUCAGCAAAUUCCUUUUUAGCCAUUGUGGACGCUGAUGGGAGCAUUUUACGACUCGCUGCUUGGGUUUAUGUAGCUUCUCAAAACACAAGUAAUGUAUAGUAGAACUUAAAUGUUAUUUACCAAGCAUAAACAUGGUAUAUGCACUGUAUGUACUUGGCUGAAACUAUGAAUUGGACAAAUAAAUGUCUGAUGAUAUUCUAUUUCAGAGCAUUGUGAGCUAUUUUGACAUUCAGAUACAACAUAGAGUACAUUGAAUAAGGCAGAAUAUUGUUUUUUAUAACAACUUAAAUGUAUAUUUCUCCGAGUAUGUACAUGAUUAUGGAAUAUUAUUGCAUCUGAGUCAGAGGAUAUCAAUGUAACUCUCCUAUUGUGGUUUAAAAAAACGACUGUAUUUCCAUAUUGUUUUGUACCAUAGACUCAUUAACGCUUAAAUAUAGUAUUGAUUUUUUUUGGCUAAGAUUUACACUUAUUUUUCUAUCUUUUAUUAAGUUUUGCUGUUUUGAUGAGUUGAAGUGAAUGAGACAGACCUGAAACAGAUUUUUCUAAGAGCAUUUGAUGUGUAAUUAUUUUUUUUCCUGCUGAAAUAGUUAUGGCGAUGAUGGGUAGAAGUUGAGCAAGAAAGAAAAUGCAUUGCAUGAAAAAGAAAGUGAAUCAACAUUUAGAGAGGAAUAUAUUCUGUGCCACGCCUUUAGAGGCUUUUUUUUGUUUUUGUUUGACCAGACGUGGGUAAACUUGCCACAGAUUGAAUGUGAGCAGUUUGGAUGGAAAUUUAAAGAGAAAUGUUAUGAGUUACGACUGCUACGUAACGAAUGUUACGAGUUGCUGACAACAUUUCUCGGAAUUGUGUCUUAAAAGUUAGUUUGAUCGUUUUAUUUUUGAAUCCCAGCGUUCAUAUCUUCACAGGUCCCUAAAUUACGAGAGCAAAGUUUAUCGAGGUGGUUCUUUGCAAAGUUCAGAACAGGAAUUCAAUUUUGAAAAGUUAAAAAAACGUUUUUCUGUCCUUCACCAUCUCAUCUGCUGUUUCUGAAGAUGCAGACUUCCUUGGCUAUCUGGCAUCAUUAACUUCUUAGCUUGUGAAAAUGUAAAAUCUAUUGUACAAAAGUUAUAAUUAAAAACUAUUAAAUCA